ACCGAACCUAUCACGAACCGCUCGCGAAGUGUUCGUGUCAUGUUCGUUAAUUUCACGUACACACUUGCGAUCCGCUCACGAACCAAUACCGACGGCGAACCAAUAACGAACUUACCGAAAUACCGGCAGUAUCGUUCGUACUUGCCUACUAGUAACUACUAACUAUGUCUUCCGAAGAUUAUGCGAUGCUGGUAAUGAGUAGUGCGACUAUAUUGAUGGCCUAUUUGGAAGAAAAGUCAAAAAAAAAGGCGAAAACAACGACGUUGGUGGCAGACUGAUUUGUACAAAAAAAGGAAUGGUAUGGAGAUAUUAUUGGAUUUAAAGUCACAGCAAAUAAGCGGUCAGUACAAAAUUUUUACUAGAAUGUCACCAACUGAUUUUGAGAAUCUAUUACAAAAAAUUGGACCACGAAUUUCUAAGCAAGAUACAUAUUUCCGCUCUCCAAUCUCGGCUCAAGACAGAUUAUCGGUAACAUUACGGUACCUUGCUACAGGAGAUUCUUAUACUAGUCUUCAGUACGUUUUCAGAAUAUCAAAACAAUCAAUCUCACUCAUAGUACCAGACGUAUGUACAGCUAUUGUUGAAGAAUUAAAUGAUUAGGUACAUCAAGGUAAUAAAUCAAAUAACUAAAUGUUAUAUUCUUAGAACAUGUUAAACUUUAUUAUUAUACAACAGAAUACAUUAA